GUGGUUUGAUGUCAAGAUGAGUGAAGUUAUGCACAGCAGAUAAAAUGAAAUGGCAAAUUUGUUUGACAGGCUUCAAGAAACUUUUACAUUGCCGAGUAAUGACAAUUCUAACGAUGCAUCUGUCGAUAUAGAGAAGGAAGAUAGCGCCAAACCUAAUGUCACGCAAGAAAACAACGGAGACGCAGCGAGCAGACGGGGCUUGGUUUCCGCGUACACCGUCAACAAACAAGAUGGCGGGAAGACGAAAGUUGUUGGAACCACAUCAUCGGCGAAUGCUGACGAUGCUGCAAAGAUGAAGACUGAAUCAUCGUUUGUCAUUCCGAAAAGAAAAAAGGAUGACACUGACAUUUUGGUUGACUUGAUGAUCAAUUCACGUGAGUUCCAAUAUGAGAUUUUACCAGCAAUUGUGAAGAGUUAUAGAAACGCACAGUCUUCUGAGAAGUUCAAGUACACCAAAGUACAGAGCGUCCACAACAGAGACCUACUCAAGCUGUACUUGGAAAAACGUAAGGAGCUGAGAAGCAGUGGAUACUCAGACAAAGAGGCCAGUGACUGCGUGGCCUUUCUGUGUGUGGAGGAUGAGGAGCUCAUGUACAAGAUUUGUCGGGACGGGGUCCCCAUCGGGAACUACCCACAGUCCUGCCUGGGACACCCAAUGAUGGGGGUACAGUUGUGUAAGCAUGCAGAUGUAAUCAAAUCUACCCCACUCCAUCCCAAUGAAACAGGAUAUCUUAUUCUGUUUAAGAUUAUCAAGGGCAGAAUUAAGUCAGUGGCUGAGUCCAUCAGUGAGAAUCCUCUGGAGCCCACCCCACACUAUGAUUGUCAUGUGAUCAGCACACCCCCAGACGCUUCAGCCUCGCCCCCGAGCUUAUUUGAAUCUAGUCAGGUUUACAUGUAUGAGUAUGGUGAGGAAGGGGUCCUGCAGUACCCAAGGAAUGUCUGUCCGGUGGCUGUGGUCAGCUUUGUGUAUGAGAAGGACUCCAGAGACCCCAAAUCUAACAGUCCCAGAGUCCAUCACCCUGUGUAUCGGGGUGGGUCGACCCCCCUGAGGGGGGAGGGGGACAAGGAGUUUGUGGUGUGGUCAGGGAGUCUGACCAUCAAGGGACUCUAUGCUUGUAACGUGGAGAUGACAUCAGCGGCAGCAUUUGUCAAACCCGCUGCUCUAGGAGGGCAGAUCAACAUUAGCUCUAAACUAGGCGUGAAGCAGGUCCAGCAGAAAUAUCUGAAAAACGUGAGUGGAAUUCGUCGAAGCAGCGAGGGCUACUGGAACGGCUAUUACAUCAAUGCCUGUGAACUCCGCCCAAUGUCUGCUGAGGGACGCUCCCACUUUCAGAGGGUCAUGAACUACCUAGGAAAACACAAUGCAGUUGCAGUUCAAAAGCUGAAGAAGGAUGUUACUCUCCUGAUGCUUACUCAGAGUGAACUCACUUAUCAACUAGGACUGAGUCGUCCACAUCAAUACCCAGUGCUUCUGUACUGCCUGUUUCUAUCCAAAUCAUCUGCAAGAAAACGACUUGUCCACACAGCUGCAGUUCACAAAGAAAGCUCCCAUCCAGCCCACAAUUCAUCUAAGCUUCCUCAUCCACCUGGUACACCACCAUUACCACCAACCAACCCCAUCAAGUCAGAGGAGCAUGCCAAGACGCCUCAGUCCUCACCCUUCCUACCUCCCUCUAGUCCUUACUCUGUUCCACCAUCCCCUAAACGAGACUACUACAGAUCUCCAAGCUCCAACAUUGUGUCAUGGCCCCAGAAUCCUCAGUUCGGAAGUCCCAGGAAUUUUCCAGUCCCUCAUUCCACGCCCCCUCAGUCCCCCAUUGCGUAUGGCACAGCCCCUGUCCCUAGUACUCCUCCAUAUGGAGUGCCCCACUCUCCACAAAUGUCACAGGGGGGUCCACUACAUACAUUGUUUCAUAACCAUUAUCAAAGUCCUGAGUUCAGUGGAAAUUCACCACAAAGGCGAUCAAGCAGGGAUGGUCUGCAGUGUGCACCUUAUCCCCCAGAAUCAAAAUCAUCUUUCAUUCCACCCUCCACAUUCCAGAGUGGUCCAAAAUUUGAACCACAUUAUAUACCGAGACCAAACUUCUCUCCCCGGUCGCCUUAUCAUUUUCCACCGCGGACUGGUGAUCCAAGGUUUCAGGGCCCUGUGCAACAGUUUGGAAAUGAUCUUGGGUAUGGGGGUCCUAGAUUUCCUGAUCCCAGUUGGAAUUUCAUGCAAGGUCCCACUUUUCCAGACAGAUUUGAUCCAAGCAGAAGUCCUAGUCUGCCUUCAUUUCCAACUUGUAUUCCAUCAGAUCCAAAGUUCAAUACUCCACCAUAUCUCAAGAUGCAUAAUGUCUCCAAUGAAACAUUCCAUUCUCCAUAUAAGCCUGAUUGGUCCCACGGUAGCCCCCAACCACCCUUUUCCCCAGACAAAGCCAACAUUAAGAAUGUGCAGACCACCCUUCAUCGUAGCGACCCCCGUCUGAUUAAAAACGCCUCUCCCAAAGUGAACCCGGUUGCUCCAAUGCCCAGAGGAAGUACAUCUGAAAGCCUUGGAAGCCCAAUCAAUGCUGGAAUCAGUCCUGUUGAUUUUUCAAGUGCAAAGAUGUCUCCCAUUUCUUUGCCAUCACCUCAGCAAAUGCCAGGUCCAUCUGGGACUCCUCCUCUGCCCCAGGGCCCUCCUGUGCCCCCACUCCCAGUUGUCCCUCUGCCAGAACCACCCAAACCUUCUAGAGUCAGCCCUGGCAUUCCUGUGUCAUACGACAGUGGGUUCCUGUACAAACCACCAGCAUCGAGUCUUCUGCAGCCUGAAAAAAUCAGGAAAGUAUUCGAAGAACAGUGUGUAGCACAGGAAAUACAGCAGCGAGCUAAAGAGGCCAUCAAACGACAUCUAUUGGCUAGGAGUCGUAUUGAAAGUAAGAAAAAACAAGGUCUAAAAGUGUGUAAAAUGGAGGAGAAAAAGAGUGAACUUGCUAUCAGAGAGAAAAUGGUUGAAUCUGCAGAAGACAUGAAGCAGUUGUUGGAGAGUAGCCUUGAUCCAAAAUUUGCUGUAAAGAAAAAAGUAGAACAAGUAAAAAAGAAAGAGAAACCUAGACCAGAAGGAGUAAAAGAGAAACACAAAGCUAAGGAAAAACAUAUGUUGGAUAAACUUAAAUGCAAGGCAAAACACGCUGAAGGGAGACCGAAGGACAAAGAGGGAUCAGUAGAAUCGGUGAAGCUGAAAAUCCCAGAACCAGAGACAUUCAAGCUGGACAGUCUAGAGGACAUAGCCCGCAUGAGGAAAAUCACAGAGGCAGAAAUCAAGAAAGAAAGUGAAAGACUAGACAUGGAUGACAUGGAUUUGGAUGAAGAUCCCCUGGAAGAAGUGAGUAAGAAAAGCAAGAAGAGGCCCAAGGAGAGGGAGAAUGUGGAUGAAAAAAGACGUCCCUCUGAGACAGAUGAACUCUCCUCAAAGAAAGCAAAAAUUGACACUGCUAAUGACAUGAAAAAUUUCUUGAACUUGUCAUUAGAAGAAAACAAGCCCCAAGAAUCAGCAUCUUCAAAGUCAGAGGUGGUAGGCAGUGAUGAUAAAUCUAUAGAAGUGGUUGUUCCUGAAGAAGCAAAAUCUGUUAAACCAAGCAAACCUGCACCUGAAGUUGAAGAGACAAAGGAGAAAUUAAAAGUUAGUGACAGUACAGAUAACAGAAAUCAAAAUGUUGAAGAAUCUGGUAGUGCAAUGAUUGAGAGCAAAAAGGACAAAUCCAAAAAUAAAUCUGAUGUGGAGAAAAUGGAAACUGAUACUUCUGACCAGCCUGGAAGGUGGGACAAUCCAACAAAGAAGAAGAGACAAGAAAGUGAAUCUGAGGGGGAGAGGAAAAUAGAAAACCAGAAAGGAAAGAUCAUUAUCAUCAAGGAGAUCAGGAUGAUUCGAGUGAACUCUGAUGGCAGCGAGAUCAAAUCUCCUGACAAAGAGGCAGAGAAACCAGCUCUGGAAAAGGGUAUCAGUAGGGCAGUUAGUCCAGUGCCAAUUCCUUUGGAAGAAAACUCGAAGGUUACAGAAAAGACAGACAGAAAUGCAGACACAAAGAGAAGUGUGAGAGAUGGUGGAAAGAGGAAGGAAAGUAAAAGAGAAGUGGAUAAGAGGAGAACAGAGAAGGAUGAAAGAAGAGAGAAGUCUAAUAGAAAAGAUGAAAGAAGAGCUAAGGAGAGGUCGGGGGGGUCCCAUGAUAGGAGAAAGUCGGAGGAUUCCAGGAAAAACCUGGUACAUUACAGCGAUUCGGAGAGUACAACUUCUCGCAGUCGAUCCUCUUCAUGCCGAUCGGAAACUCCAAAAUCUGACGAUGGGCGAGGCUCCGUGCCCAGGUAUACUAAGGUGUAUCCUGACUUCAAGCCCAGCAGGCCCAUAGGCAAGUACCCCAAAGCAGCCAGCACCAGUCACAACAGGUCAGUGUCAGAACGUAAGCCCGGGGACCAGAGAAGAGGCAGUCUGCAUCAGAGAUCCAGAUAUCAGCAUGACAGCAAAUCGUAUUCAUACAAGAAAGGAAAGCCUGGUGUAAGCAAACGGACUGACCUUCAAGGCUUUGGCAAGGUCAAAUCUGUUUUCCAUUGUAAAAAGGAUUUUAAGGCUCAGCAAGCUAUCAUAGAAGGCAUCAUUACAAGUGCUAAAAUGCCUCUGAAGAAGAUUCCAAAGAUACAGAAACAGAAGCAGCCAUUAUCUAUUUCUACCUCCACUCUUGAUCAUGCUACACCAUCACCAUUGCAUUCAUCAGAGGACAUGAAGGAUUUAUCUGAAGAUGUCCAGUCAAACUCAUCAACCACCGUCCUUGAACAAACUGAGAGCCAGCAACAAAUGGAGACGACCAGUUAUCCUGAAGCAACUUGUGAAUACCCAAUAGAGAGUAUUGGUGGAGAGUCUACUGAUUCUUUAGAACCUCUUGUUGGAAAGCUAGAGGAAAAAAGGGUUCUUUUGGAAGUGACUGAACCAAAACGUUUGGAGACAGUUCCUCACACAGGGAAUAAAAAUCAUUUAAAAGCUCAAUCAGCUGAUAUGGAGGAGCUUUCAGAGAGUGAACAUCAUUUGAAUGCUCCAUCUGUUGAUUUUGUAGAUCCGUCAGCUGUAGAAGAAAGUGUUAUAAUACAAGCAGAGGAUCAUGUUAAAGCAAAUAGCAGUGAAUCUUUCCUUCCAUGCGAUGUCGCUGAAUCUACUGAAUGUCCACAAGAGAAAGUUCAUGAAGUCUGCAACAUUGAGAAGUCGGAUCAGAAAAUAGAGUACAUACCUGUGUCUUCUACUGAUAUAAAGACAAAUACAACAGAAAGCAGAUGCUGUGAAAGUCAUGACAAAGUUUCUGCACAGUCUCUCUCAAAGGAAGAUGGUGUUACCUCUGAUAUAAGGAAUAAAAUUGAAAAUACUUCUACACUAAAGAAAGCGAUAAAGAAGAAAUCAAUGAAAAUGGAAAAAGACUUACUAAAUGUGAUGAAUCAAUUCCUUCCUCAGCCAGAAAGAAAUGAUAAGGAAAACUUAGACAUAGAUAAACAAUCAAUGGAACAAGAACCUGACAUUAGAAAUCAUGAAGACAUUGUAGGGGAUUCCAAGGAGGGAAGAUUUAUGAUGAGUGACUUAGUGGAUCUGGAGUCUGGCAGAGAUUUUCAUCAAGCAAACGAAGUGUCAUCUACUUUCUCUCUGACAAGUCAGCUCUCAAAUGAUAAAAACCUAUUGAAUUCUGUUGAGCCAUCAUCCAGUAGUUCUCAUUUUGACAAACCUUCAGACCAUCAAACCUGUGAAAACAAAGAUUUCAUCUCAAAAGCUCAGGAAGAUAAGUUGGAGACACAUGAAGGAUCAAAAAGGGAGAUGGAUGCUUCACACCCUGAGCAUGGUAAGAAGCAUCGCUCUGUGUUCAGUGAAGCCUCUCACCCCGGACUGGAUGCAGGUAUUGUUCAUGGCCAAUGGAGUGAUGAUCAUCAGAUGUGCAGCGAAGAUGAGUUCGAUCCAGAUACAGACCGGGUUGUUCAAGAUGGGCCUAACCAUCUGGAGCUGAAGAUCACUGUCACCAAUGAUACACCAGUGGAAUCUAAGUUCAAGUGGAUUUCAAGGGAACAGCUUGUCAAGGAUUGCAUCCAUGGAAUACAUGAUAACAGCCCAUACAGCCUUAAAGAGGCCAUCCUCGUGAAUUCUAUAAAUAGCGUGGUUCAUAAGACUCUGCCGGAGAAAGAGGGACGCGUCAGAAGCAUUUCCACCUCAGAACCCACCCACAACGGUGACACAGAGGCAACGUACGACGGGAACCAUUCAGAUGAUGAGAUUGUUUACAGAUUUGAAGAGGAGGCUUUUCAGUUGGAGAAAUCUCCACGUCUUUGUGAAGAUGAAGAGGCCACAGUGGUCAGCAACACAGAGAAAGAGGGACAGGAGACCAGCAAGGACUCGGAGAAGAUUGGAGCUGCUGUUCCCGAAGUUGAGAAAAUUAUAAAUCUGGUUCGUUCUCAGUUUGAAGACGGCAAUGAUGAUACUACAGUUAGUUCGCUUUCUUCAUCUCAAACAUCGUUUAGAUCUUUGUCAUCAUCACAAAACUCACAGGAUAAAUUUGAAAAAGUGCUGUCCGAUCAGUUGAAUUCUAUAUCCCAGGGGCUGGACAUGUUGAUGAAUUUUGACAGUAAUUCAUUGAGUUUCAUCACCCCAGAUGAAGGGAAACAGUUGAAUCAUGUUAUAGAAAACACAAUGAAAACGCUGAAAGCUUCAAUGCAAAGCCAAAAUGUAGACCCUGGAAAGAAUAAUUUUGAAAUUACCAAUACUUUUACAGCACCUGAAAUUAGAGAUCAAGAAAAGACGGAGGAAACUGCUGAAUUAAAAAAUGCUGAAAAUUCUAUCGAAUCACAGAGUGCAGAAUCCAAUGAAAAUUUGAACAAGGGAUCAGUUCAAGAAAAGAAAACUGAAGGUCCGCAUGAUGAAACAGCUUUCUGGUCCAAAAUACUUGGAUUCUCUAUGCAGGAAUGUAAAACACUCCCAUCUUUCUUUUCAACACCACCCAAGACAGAAAAGAAAGCAGAUGAAGAUUCUUCUAAAGAAAAUAUAGAUGUCACAGUGAUGUCUGAAAUUUCUGAAUCCAACAAAAAGAAUACAACUGACACAUGUCAAGUUUCUGGAUUGGAUAAUGUUAUUGUGAUAUCAGAUUCACCCAAGUCAAAUGAUUUUGUCCAAAGUCCAUUAUCAGGUGGUUCUGAAAAGAAUAGUUCAGAAGUUUUACAAUCCAACAAAAUGGAUACAGACUUGACAAAAGAAGUGGAUGAUGUCAUUGUGAUUUCAGAUUCACCCAUUUCAACAAAUGAAAUCAAAAGUCCUACAUCGGUAAAUUCAGAAAAGAAUCCAGAAGUUGACAUUAAAAAUGAAAUUUCAUCAAACUUCGAAAAGGAAAGUAAAUUGGAUGGAUCUACAGUCACAACAGGAAGUUCUCAAGAAGAAAGUAAAGAUCAGAAAAUUCACAUUUCUCCUAUAAGAUUCCCAGAUUCCACUUGUGGUAAAGAAAUUAGAAUGGAAAAAACAACAGAAACGGAAGAGGUCCUUGAUGACAACAACAAUACAGAGGUUUCAAACAACACGGGGGAAAAAGACAAAAACACAAUUCCAAAAAUUCGAAUUGAUUUUGUGGACGAGGAGAGGAAAAAAUUGGAACAGGAAGAAGUAAAAUCAGGCAGAAAGGAGGACAGUUCAAAGAAUUUGUUAUUGAAUGCAAGUGUGUCAGGUCUUAGAGAUCGGGUAAAAUCAAAGACACCUCCCUUGGAAGUCCCUGUGCCUGUGAAGAAGAUUUCACCCCAAGAGAAGACCCUUACUGUUAUUAUUCCAGAGACCAAGAGAAAGCUGAUAGCACAGAGACAGUCUCCCACACUCGCUGCUCAAACAGAGGCCAAGAAAUCUGAGAGUUCUCCGAGGCGCUCUCCAAACAUUCUGAGUGAGAUAGAUCAGCUUGCCUCAGGGAGUGAAACAGUUCCAGCUCAACUCUCCACAUCUCAACAGUCGAGAAGGCGAAGUGUGUUCUCAAGGCUCUCGCCUCUGAUCAACGAAGAAGAAAAGGAGGGGAAAAAAGAAAGGAGUGAAUCGCCCAUCAGUGAAGUACGAACCAUUCAACUUGGUCCAAGUCUGUCUUCUAAGAAUGAACAAUCAAUUAAGGAGAAGGGGGAUGUAGAAAACAAGAAGACGAAAUCUAAGAAAGAUGAUUUGGUGCUAAUAACUAUCAACAAUGAGAAGUCUGAGUCAAAGUCAAAGAAGUCUAGGUCAAGAUCAAGGUCAUCAGGAGGCAAAAAGUUGUCAGAGUACAAGCCACCUCCAACUUCUGCUAAUGCUGAGCCACUUACUACACAGGCUGGUCCAAUAAGAAAUACAGGAAAGUCCAAAAGAGAAGAAAGGCAGUACCAUCCGUACAGGAAGGAGCCGCCAAAGAAAAAGAACACCUGGUCCUUUGACAUUGCGUAUGAUUCUCUGCGGGAGCUGAUGCAUGACCUGACAGUUUCCUCCUACAAGAGUCAGCAUCACAGACCAAAACACUGCAGGACCAACUCCAGAUUCGCUAACUACACCUUUGUCAGGUCCAAUGUACCAGAGACACUUCCUGGAGGCAAUCCUGAUGAGGAGGAGGUUGAUGAGGAGUUCAAUGAAAAUGCUAUUCCAGACUUUGAGGAAAGGAAGAGGAAGGCAGAUCUUGUGGAUGAGCUGACCCUCGGAGAGCAGGAGGAAGACGAUUACACAACAGAGAGACAGGUGUACUCGAUGGAAGACUCGGAACAUCCCGUACAGGAGAAUGUUACAAAGACUGAAGAACCAGACCAGAAGAUCCUUCCCAGAAUGCUGUUCAAUCUACCUUCAAGGAACGCUACCAUAUCAUCACCCAGUCAAAGUAAUAAGGACAUCAAAACAGAAGAGGAAAAGUUUAAAACAGAGCCAGUAAAGACAGAAGUGGAAUCACCAGAAGCUUCUAGAAAUGUGGUCAAGUCGGAGAGAGUUAUAGAGAUCUAUAGGAAAACGGGACCAAUCAAACAGGAAAACUCCCCCUCUUAUGGCGGCACACUGGACUCGGAUGUCAGAGAGAAUGGAAAGAAGGAAAAUACAGAACAAGUCAGUAACAACGAUUUACCCAUAGAUUUUGAUAAGGCUGAAGUUAAAACCCAAGCCAUGGAGACAGUAAAUUAUUCGUCAGAAAAAACCACUGUUCACUUUGUAAAUCCAUCUUCCAAGGGUGGGGGGGAUGAUGAGGAUUUAGAACUGGAUGAAUGUAGUGAUUGGAUUGUUCUUGAUGAUGCCUCAGAUGACAUUGGUAACACUGAUGCUUCCACAUUACCCUUUGACGAAGAGGCAUCAUCCCGUAAUGUCAAUCAAAAGAGUAAUAGUGAAUCUCAUUCAAGUGUAGACCAUGGCUCCACUGGUAUUCCUGAUGUUGAUAUGAAAGAGGAAAUCCAUGACAUUUUUAGUGCCCAAGCUACUAGUGCUAUAAACUUGAGACAAAAUGCUGCUGACGUUUGUAAAUCUGUAACUAAUGGUGAGAGGGCUAUUUUAGAAUUCAGUGAAAACACAUUUUCAUCAAUAACUACUGAUUCAGAGGCCAAGAUGGAGGAAGCAAAUUAUAUUUGUAUGGAAGAGGCAGAAUCCACAUCAAGAUCUGGGAAUAUUGUAGAAAGUCACAAUGAAAUAAAAGACUCGAACUCCAGCUUAGAUAAAACAGUAUUGGAAGUUCAGGAUAUGAGUGUAUCUGAAGAAGAAGGGGUUGCAAAACAGAGCCAGGAGGAAACUGGGGACUGUUUUGUGCCAGUCAUUUAUUUGAAGGGGGUAAGUGGGGGAAACUUCUGGCAUAAAAACAAUGGCCAUAAAGUUGAAGAAAAUGAUUGCUUAGUGAAAGAAUUAGAUCAGGAUCAAGAAAGUGGUCCUAUUGAUAACAAAAUUAAUUCCAAAAUGGAUAGCAGCUCGUCUGUAGUCAAGUCUAAAAGUCCAGAUGAUCUAGAAAAUGUGGAUAAGGAGAAACCUAACGUGUCAAAGUCUGCAGAGAUAUCAUUGUUGGAGAAAGAAUUUGCUAGCUAUAUAGGAAGAGGUUCAUCUAAAGUGGAACACAACUCGCCUGUAGAAGAUCCCAUAACUUCAGAUAAUUUGAAAAUAGAAUUAGAUAUGGAUAAGCCAACAGGGUCUAAGUCAGGGGAAAUAUUUUUGGCAGAAAAAGAAUUUGCUUGUUAUAUAGGAAGGGGCCCAAGUCAUGUAGAAACCAAAAUUUUAACUGCUUCUCCUGAAACUAGUAGCAUUAUGGGGACUACUUCCUUUGAACAACCAUUGGCCAACAUUUCAUCACCAUCCUUACAUAUACAAGAAGCAGUUCAAGACAUGCAUGAUUUAAAAGAGGCUGAAAGCCAAUGUGAUUAUCAAAAACCUGUUGAAAGCGAAUGCAAUUCCAAGAAAGAAACUGAAGGUUCUAAUAAAGUUGCAUUGAAACUUGAAAAUGAGAUCAAUUCAAAUGAAAAUGAACAGACUGAUGUAAAUAAUAGUUCUCAAAAAGUCAGACAGAAUGAACAAGGGGAUGAGGGAAAGGAUAUGAAAGCUGCUGUGAAUUGUGUAACUAAUGGUGGGCUAUCAAAACAGGGAACAGAAAGUGAGACGGAAGACAAUGAAGAAACAACAUUUGAUAAAUCUCCUAAACCCAAAGGCAAUGUCAACAGUUUUGCAGAAGCAACAAACAAUUUUAAAGGUACAAUUGUUGUAGUAGAUAAUUCUAAAGAAACUUCUAAUGCACCAGAAGAAGUACAUGAAAUUGAGGCAAGAAAACGACAUCCUGUUGACCUAGAAAAAGACUUGGACCUUGUGGUUAAAGGUGUUGAGAAUGAUAUGAACCUUUCUGGUUGCUGUACGGUAAAUGCCACCAGUACCCCAAACAAGAAAAGCUUUAAUUCUGCACAGUCAGUCCCUGUUAACAAUUCUGACAGCCUUGAUGAUAAGAUUGAUGAUUCUGUGUGGAUAUGCUCUACAGAAAAAGUAGAAGAACUGAGCAGUACAGAAAAAGGAGAAGGACUGGGUUUGUUGAUGAAAAACUACGAUCAAUACAGUGGAAGUGAAAGUUUCAACUCUUCCGCUGAACUGUCAAAUAAUCAAAAUGUGUUGGGUGUUAAUGCAGAUAAAGAGGAAGAUUCUCUGAAGGAAACAUGCCGGGGAAGAGAUUUCACUUGUGACCCAGAAAUGAGUUCAGUUACCAAAAAUGCAGAGAAAAUCAGUCAAAAUGCAGACAUGGAGUUAAAAGAAGGAAAGGCUGAAGAGGGGGAUGAAAUCGAAAAUCCGAGAGAAGCUGAUAGCUCUUUUGACACUGAGCAAAGGUUGGAAGAUAUUAUGUCCGUCAUUGGCGAAUCCCAGCCGGAGAUCUAUCCCAUAGGAGGUGUCAGACACUCCAGUCAGAUCAAAGUGCUGACAGUUUCCAGCAGUCAGUGUGAUCUCUGUGAUGACCAGCUCUGCCUGGCCAAAGUGAAGUGUCUAACCGGACCGCUAGAUCCAUUGGAAGAGGCCAUGCUCUCCUCUGGAAUUCUGAACAUUAAUGACGUUCCCAUUAGAAAUGAGAUUGAAAUUGAUAGUGAUGAUCCAGUCAACAUACUACACAUGAGCAAUGAUGACACCGUUCCCAAUGAAGAGAUUGAAAUUGAUAGUGAUAAUCCAGUCAACAUACUACACAUAAGCAAUGAUGACAGGGUUACCAAUGAAGAGAAAGAAUCGUCAGAAUGUCAAGCAGCCAGUGAAAGCUCUUCAGACAUGCAGACAAAAUGUUCUAAUGUUUAUACAGCAGCCCCUUGUUAUAUUACAGACAGACUAACUGAAGUGAAUGAUUGUGGAAGUCCUCGUUGUUUGGAAUCUGAAGUUGAGGACAAGGAUGAUACUUCUUCUACGGAGACUGACUACAUUUCAGAUUCCGUCGACAGUGAAACCGAAGCAGCCACUAGAGGCGAUGACUGGUCAAAGUUAAUAGUGUCAGAGUAUUUACAUACAAAACAAAGUAAUAAAGGGAUUGACACUGUAUGUGAUCUUCCACUAGCUAAAUCUGUUCAAUUUCUCCAAUCCAAUCAUUCCCAGAAAAAUCAGGAAUUCAGCAGACAAAAGGAAGUGGCUGCAAACUGCAGUAAGCCAUCGAAACCACUCUCACAGAGUAUAAAUCGACAAGUUAAAUCCAGACAGGAACCUGUCAGUCAGUCUGUCUACAAGAAAAACCAGAGUAUAGUCAGACCUCUCGUCCCAAAUAGCACAGGUCUUUCGACCCCAUUGGCCAUGAAAAGUACAGCAUCAAAAUCCAUGUGUUCAGCACCUCUGCUUAGACAAUUCCCGGUAAUGACGCAGAAUUUCAAUUUGUCUGGUGCUCGAUUCAGCAUGAUGUCUCCUCACCAGAUAUCAUUGAACCCACUGAUGCUCUUCUAUGCUCAAUCUCAGUUUCCAUCAUAUUCAAAUGCAGCAAGAACAUUGACCCCAUUGCCUUUAUUUUUUCCAUACGCAACAAACUAUCCAACUGGACCCCAAGUGAAUCCAUUGCUGUCCAUGCAGAUGUUUUCUCCAUUGUCUCCAUCACCUGCCUUUGAGCUCACAACCGAUAAGUUUGAAGCUUUUAGAAGAAUGAAUAAUGGAAGUGAGCCUCAUUUUCAAAGCUCCCUGUUGGGAACAGUGCCUUUUUAUGGAGGCAUAAAUCCACCUCAAUCCCCACUGCAUUGCCCAUCUCUACCUUCUAGUUCACCUUGUAGAACUGGCUCAUUCUAUUUGAACAGGCAAGUGACACAGGAAAGGUCCUCUAAAAUCACUGAAUGUUUAAGGAACACUUCCACAUAUUCUACGACAGAUGGGAGUCCUCUAUUGCCACCCAUCUCUUCAUUCACUCAACGGAAGGUCUCCAACAUGAACAGUGCUGAAAGUGCUUUUUCUCCGUGCAAAUCGCCGCCAGCUCCACAGAAUACUGCAAACCAACAAUCCUCCUAUACAAUAUAUAACAAGGAAAUAUCUACGCAGAUUUAUUCAGGAAAGUCUUUCCGAAAACCUCUACCGGAACCUACUGGGUUGUCUCCCUUAGAUAUGACAGUGUCCGCUCAGUCGAACACAGGAUCGUCCCAAAAGCAGGCAUCAGCUUGCAGUCGCAAUUUAUUUGAAAAUCUAAAUCAGAACACUGAAAGUCUGCAGCAUACAAAAAGGGACAAAAGAAUGCCAGGAAAGAUCCCCGUCGGCCAUGUCAGGCCCAUGUCUUUCAGUAGCUUCAGAGACUUUCAAAAAGACUAGUCAAAAUGUGUAUGUGCAAUGCCGUAAUAUGUAUAUUUUUUAUUGGUCAUGUGUGUGUCUUAUUUGAUUGUAUAUUGGUAUGACUAGAAAUUAUGUGUUUGAUGUAUAUAUGUAUAUUUUAAAAAUGAAAAUUUAUGGACGGAGUAUAGUUUUUGAUGAAGUGAAUUGUUCAGUGUAUUAUUGCGCUGAAGAAGUCGUAAAUAAUGUUGAGCGGUGGUUUUUCCAUUAUCAUAAUAGCAUAAUGUCAGUCAAAAACUUUUUUUUACAUUACUAGUAUUGAACAAUCUUUGCUCUCUUUUUUUUUAUUACUAAACUGUCUCGGUAACACUUGAAUCUCAUUGACAUUCAUUUACUUGUGACAUUCAUACUAACUGUCUAAAACUUGUAUCAUGAGUUUUACUUAAAUCAUGACUAUAUCUGUAUAACUUUGUGCAAACUUUAAGUUAUAUAUAUUUUUUUGGUUAUUAAUUACAGUCGGCCAUUGUCGAAGUGCCAUAGCUAAAGACCAGUUUGCUUUCUGUGUUUUUAAUGGUUGUCUUUCAGCGUAUUUGCUCUCUGACAUUACAGCUGCAAUACUACUAGUGCUCGAUGUUUAUAUUGAUUGUGUCAUAUUGAAUGUCAAGUUGUAAACAUGGUCAUGUUUUUCUUUUAUCAGUUAAUCAUGUGCAAUUUUGUUCAGAGGUUAAAAGAAUCCAGAAAUUUAAUUCGCAUUUUGUCAGCAAAAUACUGAUUCAUAAUGUUAGAAAUGAAUUGUAUAUUAGAUUAAAACAGAUCUCUUACCAUGAGAAAGGGGGUUUCUGAUUGAAAAGAUGAUUACUUUUUAACAAAUGUACAUUUUUAAGAGGAGAUGUAAACUGAUUUAGAAUCCUUCUAACCGUAAAGCAUAUUUGUUGUUGAAAAAUAUAAAUUUAUUGUCAGAUUUUGACAUUUAAAUGUGAACUACAUAUUGUUUUAUAAUUUGGCUUAUUUGUAUAGUGCUUUUACUUGAAGAAUAACGUCAGAAUUACAACCAUUGAACAAUGUAGAGCCAGCGGUUUUACACGUGCAUAAUGUUUACUUAUGGAAAAACAUACAAGUGUUAGUUCAGAGAUAGUGCAAAUCUUGAUGGUUAUUUUAUGUGUACAUUUAUUUUUUGCAGUCAUUAAAUUUUGGUUUGAAGUUUUAAA